UGUUGCUAGGCUGUUAGCUGGUGGCUCCUUCAAAUGAUGUUAGUGCUUUUUUUCCUCACUGAAAGUACGCUAUUAUACACGCACUGGGGCGGUUUUUAAAACGACAGUGGUAUGCACACAUACAAAGGCAGUUUUAACAAGCAAACCCAGUUUAGUUCUGUCCUUGGGUGUGCUAAAUAAUCAUUGCCGGAGGGGCUGGUCAACGACUCACAUCUAGGCGCAAAUUCGUUGCUUGCUAGCUUAGCCCCGUUCUUAGGCGGGAUGUCAGCAGGUUUCCGUAGUGUUUGCCUUAGUUUCAUCUUUCAGAACGAGAGGAGGAAAUUUAGUAAAUGAAGCACUGGCAGAACCUGCUACAUAAACCCGGGGAUCUCAGGAUAGUUUACACCGAGGAUGAGCUGAUUAAGGUGGAACCACAAAGAUCAGGAUCAUGAUACAGGAAUAUGCUGGAAAUCAGUGAAGUUAAAGAACAUGAAAUGGUGAAUGUUUUCCUGCUUACACUCCCAUUCUCAUGACACCAGCAGGGAGAUAUGGGCUUUUUAAGGGUGGUAGCCAGAAUCAUGGGUAGGAUAAGUACAUUCAGGUCCUAUCAGCUGGUGCUUCUCCUGGCUGCUGCGCUUGCUGUUGCAGCUUUUUACUACUUUGGCUCAGAGAGGCAGAAUUUCUCCAGCACCACAAAGAGGAUCAAGCAAACCCAGGCCAGCCACAACACCAACAGAAACGAUGCGGACCUCACCGUGGACACGAGGCUCUCACACCCAGAUGAGCCAGAAGAGCGAGGUUUAGAAGGAGAGAGCAACCCUCUGAGAUCCAGGAAAGCGGACAGUGAGGCUGGUUACCACAAUUAUCAUGUGCUAAUGAUGUUCACCAAAGUGGACAAGAGCCGGAGCCUGCAGGAUAAAUUCCGAGUGGCCAUGCUGUCCAUGGUGAAACACGGACAGUUCUUGGAAGGAGAGGUGUUAGUUCUCCACUUUGUGAGUGACCAGGCCAGCCAAGAACUGGGCAAGAGGAUGCUGCAGGAAUUUGUCCUCGACGCAACAUUUAAAUAUGAGGUGGUGUUUCAUGAUGUCGUAGCGCUCACCCAGAAGCUCUUCCCUAUUGUGGAGGCCAUGCAGAAGUAUUUCAGCGCUGGCUCUGGAGCCUAUUACAGUGACGCCAUCUUCUUUCUCUCCGUAGCUAUGCAUCACAUCAUGCCUGAAAGUCUUACACACAUAGUGCAGCUCGAUUUGGACCUGAAAUACAGGACCAACAUCAGGGACCUUUUUCAAGAGUUUGACCGGUUUCCUCCAGGAGCGGUAAUAGGGAUCGCGAGAGAGAUGCAGCCAGUAUACAGACACACUUUCUGGCAGUACCGUAAGGAGAACCCUGAGACCAAAGUAGGAGAACCUCCUCCCGACGGCCUCCCAGGCUUCAACAGUGGUGUGAUGUUGUUGGACCUACGUGCUAUGAGGGCCUCAGCUCUUUACAAUAAGCUGUUGGAGCCCAGCAAUGUGGCCAAACUAGCAGACCAGUAUCGCUUUAGAGGCCAUCUGGGUGAUCAAGACUUCUUUAGCAUGAUCGGCAUGGAGCAUCCUGAACUGUUUUAUUCCUUGGCCUGUGGCUGGAACCGGCAGCUGUGCACCUGGUGGAGGGAUCACGGAUAUGGAGACAUAUUUCAGUUGUAUUAUCGUUGUGAUGGACCUGUCUAUAUCUAUCAUGGAAACUGUAAUACCCCUAUACCAGAGGACUGAGAUUCAGACUGGCCUGAUGCUGCUGCUGAAAAAAGACUUUGUGACGUCUAUGAUAUUGUUUAAGGGAAUUUCUUCUUAUGUGUAUUGGGAGGAAGAAUUUUUUACUUUUGUGGCAGUUUCCUUUUAUGACAACAGUCACAUACCCUGCCCCCCUGCUGGCCAAGGGGUUACUGAAAAGCCAUCUCAGACAAUAUGUGGUGUUUGUGGAAGUCAUUUUAGCGUAAGUGGGCAUUAGGGGUGAAAACAGCAGUACAGAGUAGUGUAUUAGCUGGAGCUUGUUUGUUCAGGUACUACACAGAUGAGAUUAUGAAUACCCCGUAAUUUAUACAGUUCCAUAUGAGAUCCAUUCAUUUGAGCCAAGCACUGCAGAAUGGUUCCUACCAUUAUCAGGAUUUUACCACUUUAUAGAGGUUUUGCAGACGCAUGGCAUUAAUUUGUCAGCCGUUUUGGAUGUAACAAACAUCACGUGAAUAAGGCCCCAGUCUCACGGGCUUAGAGAAAACUCCGUGACCAUCUGUUUGCAAGGGAAAAAUGAGUAUUCCCUGACCAAUUGUGAGUGGUUGCUGGAGGUUGAUGGCAAUCACUGGGAAAAUGCCCCAGCCGCACAAGCAUAGAGACUGGUCAGUGACCCCCCAUGUUUCCCUAGCAACCCACUUGUCCCUAGGCAAAACUGUGUAUUCCCUGACCAGAUGGCAAAAACCUCCUUGUGAUUGCUUUGGUCACUAACAUAUUGUCACCUGUAGUUUGCGUGGAAGUGAUGAAGAUGUCUGUAAACACUGAUCUGCUAUUUCUCCGAGCUCUAGUAAAAGUGUGUGAAAUGUUUUCCUUUUAAAACACGUUGGCGGCAGCGCUGAGGCACAUCUCUUACUUUGAAGGCGAAUCAUCUCCAUUUCUAGUUUGCCAUGCACUUUUUCAAUUUUUAUUACAGCUUGGCUAGUAGUUAGCAGGUGUUUGAAGACAAACACACAAAAAAAGUGGAAAUCUGGUAGCAACCAAAGCAAUACUGGUUCAAAUACUGGCACCGACACUGGAACCCCGUCGGUGGAAAAGCGGCCACAGAGAGAUAGUCACAGACAGUGAUUACGAGCAAGACAAGUAUGCACUUUACUUCCUUUUAUCUGAUAUGAACUGAUACAAAGCAGCAAGUUCAGCCUCAGGGCUGAACCUAAUUCAUGGUCGUGAAAAUCACAUCACUUUUCUCGUGUAAUACACACCCUACGGUGAAAUGGCGGUGGAAAACUUUACGUCGAGAUGGCAGAGAGAAGAAUAGCCCUUCUGCCACUUGCGUCACACAUUCCAUGGUUCCAGACCAGAUUUACAGAACCUAUUUUUUGGCUGAGCACCAAGUGAGUUUGCUGUAGAAAAAGCUCUGAACGGUUCGAGAACUUGGAACCAGCACCGUGUCAAUGGAAAAGGGGCUCCAGUGAGAGCCAGCAACCUCCAGGAACCACUGCCAACUUGUUGGGGAAUAUACAUUUAGAAACCGGUGGUUGUAUCGCAUCCCAUACGGUAGACAACUCUUAAGCAAUGUGCGCAUGACGUCACAUGAGAAACCUCAAGUGUUUUAUGUUUGUGACAAAAAAAAGAAAAAAAUCAGCGUUCUAAAAAACCUACUCUGCCAUGAAAAUGCUCAUGGUGCUGUU